AUGGUCAUCACCGAACUGCAAACCAAGGAGCUCAGCCCCAGCUUCGGGAUCGGAGCACAUAACUUUCCACUUCAACCUACCUCACUCGACCAGAGCGCUCGUCUAAUAGAAGACCUUGUCAAAAAGUACGGCUUCCUCGUCAUCCGCAAAUCUGGCCUAACAGACGAAACCCACAUCGCUCUAGCCCGUCACCUCGGCGACCUAGACGACGUCAAACCCUACAACAAAGCAGGCCGCGCCAACCGCCUCCAAUACGACGAGCUCUUUGACGUAGGCAACAUCGAAGCAGAUGGAUCGGUCAUCGACCCCAAAUCCCCGCGUGCCCAGGCUGGAUUAGAGAACGCUCUCUUUCACAAACUUGCCGCCCCGGAGCACUUUGCAAACAUCGAGCCCGCAGAUUAUCCCAUGGGACGACACAAACUCGUCCAAAAACACGAACCCUCCGGGCGGAUGAACCUCUAUCUCCCAGCACACAUCCACCACAUCGAGAACCUCACCCCCGAAGCAUCAAAGGCUCUGUUCAAGAAACUCUUUGAGCACGCCACGUUGGAAAAGUACCGCGUCACGGUGGAGUGGGAGGAUGUUGGGGAUUUGGUUGUUUAG